ACAAAGACGGACGGCCAUUAAAACACAGCAAUCAAAUAAUAAAGCUUCGUCUCCAGCAAAAUUUGAUGUUUUUUCGGUAUUAGAUCCACAGUUUGUCUCUCUAAAUGCAGAAACGAGAUUAUUAUCAGUUAUAAAUCAAAAAAAGAUGGGAGUAAAACAGGCCAUCAAAAGCUUAGAUGCUUUUCCUCGUGCGGAGGAGCACUUGUUGCAGAAAACCCAAUCUGGAGCUUUUGUUUCCGUCAUUGGUCUUGUAAUAAUGGCUACGUUGUUCUUGCAUGAGCUCACUUAUUAUCUCUCUACAUAUACUCUUCAUCAGAUGUCCGUAGACUUGAAACGCGGAGAAACGCUUCCAAUUCAUAUAAAUAUCACAUUCCCUUCUCUUCCUUGUGAUGUGUUGAGUGUGGAUGCUAUUGACAUGUCAGGCAAGCAUGAAGUUGAUCUCGAUACAAAUAUAUGGAAACUUCGCCUGAACAGUUAUGGGCAUAUCGUUGGCACUGAAUACUUGUCAGACCUUGUCGAAAAGGAACAUGCGGCUCACAAGCAUGAUGAAGAUAAAGAUCAUGAAGAUUCCGAUUCAAAAAUUAAUGCUCAUGGCUUUGAUCAAACUGCUGAAAAUUUGAUCAAGAAGGUCAAGCAGGCUUUGGCAAAUGGAGAAGGAUGCAGGGUCUAUGGUGUUCUCGAUGUCCAAAGGGUUGCUGGAAACUUUCAUAUCUCAGUUCAUGGGCUAAACAUUUUUGUCGCUCAAAUGAUUUUUGAAGGAGCCAUACAUGUCAAUGUAAGUCAUCUAAUUCAUGACUUAUCUUUUGGACCAAAGUAUCCUGGAAUUCACAACCCUCUUGAUGGGACAUCUCGAAUUCUGCGCGAUGCAAGUGGAACCUUCAAAUAUUACAUUAAGAUUGUUCCAACUGAAUAUAGAUACAUUUCUAAAGAAGUUCUGCCAACUAAUCAAUUCUCUGUCACUGAAUACUUUUCCCCAAUGACCGAAUUUGAUAGAACAUGGCCAGCUGUUUACUUCUUGUACGAUUUGUCACCCAUCACUGUGACAAUCAAAGAAGAAAGGCGUAGUUUUCUUCAUUUUAUCACUCGGCUUUGUGCAGUUUUAGGUGGUACAUUUGCGUUAACAGGAAUGCUUGAUAGAUGGAUGUAUAGGCUUCUCGAGGCUGUAACUAAACCAAAAAGUAGAUCACGAUAGAGGCGGGUAUGUUAAUUCACAAAAGCAAUCUUAGGAAAAGGUUUAUAAAGCUGGAAGUUUCAGCAGGAUGUUGGCUUGAAACUGCAGAAGUUUCGGUUUUAAGCGCGUACUGCUUGAGUUGAUUUUGUCUGAUUGUUUGCUUGUGUAAUACUAUUUUACACAUCAACCAUAUAAUUGCAGGGAAAAGCAUGUAGGUUGUAACAUUGAUUUGAUGUGUAUGGUUUUUGUUAGGAGUUUUGGUGUAAUCUGUCUUUAGGAUUCAUAAUGGCAUAUAUGGUAGAUGCUAGUAAUCCUACCUUUGCUUCAAUAAAAACUUUAAAUUUCAGAUA